CACCUAUUGGGUGGUUUGAGGUUGGUGAGGUUAAGCUUUUGGGGCCAAAUUUGGUACAAGAUGCAGUUGAGAAGGUUCGCAUAAUAAUAGAACGUUUAUUAGCAGCUCAGAGUAGACAGAAGGCAUAACUUAGAGUUUUCAGUGGGUGAUCAGGUAUUUCUGAGAGUGUCGCCUAUGAAGGGAGUGAUGAUGUUUGGGAAAAGAGGCAAGCUUAGUCCUCGAUACAUUGGUCCAUUUGAGAUAUUGGACAGAAUAGGUGCAGUUACUUACCGCUUGGCAUUGCCGCCUGAGUUGUCUAUGAUUCAUCCAGUCUUUCAUGUAUCAAUGUUGCGCAAAUACCUUCCCGACCCAUCUCAUGUGCUUGCACCACAAGCCAUAGAGUUAAACGAAGAUUUAUCAUUUGAAGAGAAACCGGUGGCUAUAAUAGAUCGCCAAGUAAAGAAACUACGUUCUAAAGAGAUAGCAUCUGUGAAAGUUGUUUGGAAGAAUCAUCCGGUAGAAGAAGCAACUUGGGAAGUGAAGGACGCUAUGCACGACAAAUAUCCGUAUUUGUUUGAGUCUAAAGGUAGCUGUCACACUUAUCACCAUAUAUGAAUUCGAAAUUCGGGGACCGAAUUUAUUAAGGAGGAGAGAAUGUAGUAACCGAAAAAAAAAAAAAAAAAAAAAAAAAAAAGGGGAGGGGA